AUGGAAGAUUUAUUCACACGUGUUAUUUUGGAGAACAGCACUCAUAAAUCAAAACAAAUGCUUCUUGGCAAUGAUAAUAAUCUUCUCAAAGAAUACAAAUCCAAAGUUGAUAAGGGUGCAUAUCUUCACAAAUAUGCUGGACUUUGGGCUCUUGGACUGGAUUUGUUACCAACAUCGGCAGAACGAAAUUUACAUUUAUUUGUUUAUAGAGGAUGUGCUUGUUCUAUUGAUGUUUGGUUCAAACCCCCAACAAUACCAGAAUCAUUAAAGCCAAAAAAUACAUCAGGGUUGCAGAUUUACAAAGAUUGUUCAGCAAAAUAUUCUAAUAAUACAAGUUACAAAUUAGGAAGAAUAAAGGAUGGAGAAAAAAUAUUUAAAUUUUCAAUAUGGGCAAGUAAAAAUGGAAGUCAUGGCUCAAUUGCAUUUUCUAAUUCUACAGAUACUAUUUUUCUAAAAAUAAAUUUUAAUGGCAGCGAAAUAUUUCUUUAUCCUUUUAUGCGUCAAUUAGUGCCAAGGCCAGAUAGAAAAAGUAUCUCUAACAAUUUAUUUACUUUUGGAGCACAAAUAGAAUUAACUAUACGAAUAAGCAAUUAUUUUGUUUGGAUAUUAUUUGAAAGUAACGUUUUUGUAAAAUUCAUCAGACAAUUAUGGCCAAACGAUUGGUGGACAGGAAAAUUUUUGAAUGAAUCUAAAAUCGACAUGUCAAUUAGUGGUGAUUUCGUUUUAGUUACCCCUAUAGUUAUUAAAGUAGUUAAUGAACAAAACUUGGAUGUAAGUUUUUAA